AUGCUCAAGAAGAAAGGUGCCCCAUCCUUCAAGCCGAAGGCCGGCAUUCGCAGGAAUCCUGCUCCGGCUGCAGCUAAAAGCCAGUCGGGCACUCCUGCUCCCACCCAGCCUUCCGCCUCGAACGAUUCUGCGGUGAUCCCGACCCCGACGCCCACACCUGCUCAGGCUCCUACGUCAGAGAGUACCAAUGCCACUUCUUCCGUCCUUCCGCAGUUUACCGCGACACCGCCAACAUCGAACACUGAGGCUCCGAGUGCGCAUAUUCAGAGUGCACAGCCCUCAAGCAGUGCGCAGACCCCAGCAAUAGGCAGUCCUAGGGAACAACCAUCAACUCAGGCCAACUCCCAUAUCGCCACACAAUCGCAAGAUACUAGCAUAGGUGAAUCCACAACUCGAGAUUCCCGCACACCUGGUGUGCCUUCUGCGCAGAUUUCACCCAGCCAGACCGCAACACCAGAUGUCAUACAUAACGACGUCGCGUCGGUCCAGUCCGCCCCGUCACAGCCCACUCACUCUGAAUUGCCUACGAACUCGAGUACUUCGGAACCAUUGAACAUCAUUCAGGAUGCGCCCGUGACUGGAAAUUUGCCGGCUGUGUCCAGUACAGACGCAGCCUCCCAACCACAAACACUAUUCCCAGCGGGGCCAUCCAGUAAUGUCGGAACACCUGUAGACGAUACUCUCAUCACACCGGAAAUAACUAGUACUCCAUGUGAUAGUGAACCGAUCACGGCAACACGAAAGCGCGGCGCACCAGUUACGUCUUCAAGUGAGGCGGCUACCGCUGGACCAUCUUCUGAAGACGCUGCAGCCCCUACCCCGAAGCGCCGUCGCACGGCCAAGAGCACACUGCAGGACUCAACAGCAGCAGCUACGGAAUCCAACGAUUCAUCCCAACCUGGAUCUCAAAAAAAGCGAGGAAGGACAACCAAGAAACCAUCAUCAGAUGCACAAUCACAAGAGACCCCGAAUGCUGAUUCCCAGCAGGAUGGCGACGCCGGUCCAUCCCAACCAAAACGAAAGGCUAGAACUAGGAAGACUGCCACUCUAGUUCCCGAUGGAGCUGGUGACACAACCUCCGCACAACCCAAAAAACCAAGCAAGAGUCGCGCUGCUCGUGCUACCGCCGUUAGCAAUGCCGAUAGUGCCGAUGAUGCUAAUGGCCCUGGCGAAGUGAGAACAAAGAGGAGAUCCUCAAAAAAGCCGCGGAAGGAACGCUCCGUCACGCCAGAAGAUGCCGAGGAGCGGGCGAUAGAUCCAAGUAGCUUGACCAUGGCGGAACUUACUAAGGAUUUACGCAUCGGCAAGAAGUUCAGCCGUCACGAUGAGUUACGUGACAGAAUGAAGACCUUGCAGGAAAAGCAGCGAGAAGAACGGCGUCUCAGAAAAGCCAACGGUGGAGUCACGCCGGGUGAUGAGGAAGCGACAGCUUUAGCAACUGGUGAAGUUCCGGAGAGCUCAGAAACGACCUCAGCUCCCACGGGCGCCAACGCUGGUGGCGGCUCCUCGACGCAACCAGCGGCGCUGGGUCCGCAGUUCGAGAUUAUCAAUGGCGAGAUCGUCAUCAACCAAGCGUCCCUGGUACACGAUCGACAUGCGGCAGCAAUGGUUGAUCAUGGCGAUAUGGAGGAAGUUGAAGAAAACGAUUUUACGCGCAUGACCAACCAGGCCACUUAUUUGCGCCCAACAAAAAUCAAAGGUCCAAACGCAUGGACCAAGGAGGAAACACAGCAGUUCUACGAGUACUUGCGCAUGUUUGGGACCGACUUCCAGACCAUAGCCAACAUGUUUCCUGGGCGCAUGAGACGCCACGUCAAGAUGAAGUUCAACCGCGAGGAGAGACACAACCCAACAGGAGUUAAUGCAGCUCUCGUAGGACAAAAAGUUGUUAUGAUAGACCUCGCCGAAUAUCAAACGCGCACAGGAAAGGCACUGGAGCCAACGGCUGACAUAGAAGAAGAGCAUCGUAAAAGACAAGAAGCGCACGACGCUGAGCAGAAACGCAUCCAGGAAGAGGCCGAUGCGGUGCAGGCCGAGAAGCGGAAGAAGCUGCUUGGCACCGGCACGGAUAAUGGGACUGCGAAAGUUGCGGAGAAGACCAAGACCAAGGAUAAGGACGUCAGUGAUGGCAAGUCUAAAGGAGCCACGAAAAGUCAAACCGAGAUCAUGGAAGAGGAGGAAGACGUUGAGGUCAUUGAUGAGGAUGAGGUGGAAGAACGUCCCACACGCCGUCGUGGCCGGUUUGUUGGUAUUGGUGGUUGAUAUAGAGAUGAUUGAUAUGAUGGGUACAUAGAUAUAUCAAGGUCGGGAUAAGGGAUAUGGAUGGGCGAUGAUAUACCCGCACAACUAGCAAGUUGUCGCACAGUUAUGGGCGAAUUUAAUGGCAUUGGCAUUUAUUUGAAACUGCG